CUUGACGCGGCGGUGAUGGAGGAGGAGGCGGCGCGGGGCCGCCGUUAAUAAGCGGCCGUGUUAUCGAGGCCUUUGCAACGACAACAACAGCGGCGGUAACGAGGGCGGGAGUGCAGCCAGAGAGAGGGGACGACGAUUCCUUGCGUGCGUCGUGCUCGCCUCAGCUCCCAGCCUUGCCGGCGCGGCCUCCGCAUCUGACGGGAGGCCUAGCGCAGGCUUCCCUGCGGGGAGCUCCAGGCAAGACCGGGGACCCCGCAGGGCCUUGUUUUGUCGCUGCGCCUCGGGACGCCAUGGCGACGCAGGCGGCGAGUAGCGGCAGCGACGGCAGCAGCAGCAGCAGCGGCUGAGUGGCGACCGCUCCGCCGCGUUUCUCGGCCGCUGCGUCUUUUGUUGAGUUGGGGAGCGCGGAGUAAACCCCAAAGGCAAGCGCAACGCCAGCGCACGGACUGAGCUGAGAAGGCGCUUGCAGAUUGUUUAUCGGCCGCGGUGAGGAGGAGGAGGAGGCCACGAUGAUGGAGAAGAUCGUGUACGACCUCGACACGUCGGGAGGGCUCAUGGAGCAAAUCCAAGCGCUGGUGGCACCUCCUAAGAGCGACGAAGAGCACGGCGGGGGCGGCGUGAGCGCCGCCUCGCUCGCCGCCUCACGCAGGCACGAGCGCGAGGCGGCGCGACGCACCGGCCGUGCCAACAACCAUGACACCUGCGACAGCUGCCGCGAGGGCGGAGACCUCCUGUGCUGCGACCACUGCCCCGCAUCGUUCCACCUGCAGUGCUGUGACCCACCGCUCAGUGCCGAGAUGCUGCCGUCUGGAGAGUGGAUGUGCCACCGCUGCACCAUGAGGAGAACGAAGAAGGAGGGCAAGUUUAAACCGGGCGGCAAGAGCUGGCUCAUCAACGGCCUCCUGGAAAAGCACUGCAGCAAGCGCCCCUCCGUGCUGCUCACGCCCGUCGACGCCGAGCUCGAGAACGUUAAGCUGCAGGCUCUCCACUCGGCGCGCGCGACGGCGGUAGCCACCACCACCGCCAUGCCCAAGUGGGAAACCUAUGCCGCUCCCACCACCACUGCCGUCGCCAUCUCCGCCGCCUUCGCCGCCGUGUCGCGGCCGCUCUGCGAGCAGCAUAAGCCUGGCGGGCCUUCCUCCUCUGUCACCGAAGCUGGCGGCCACAGGGUGGCUGUCUGCGUCGACAGCAAGCGGGAGGGCUCUAACUGCACGGCCAAGCCGGGUCUCCGAGCAAACUCGCAGGACGGCGAUGACUUUGCCGCUAUCUCGGCGACAGGAGCGUCGUCGCCGCCCAUCGCGGGGCCUUCGGAGGCGCGGGAUGGGGCAACUGGAGCUGUGGCUGCCCCGAUGGUUUCUGUGGCCCCGGCGACUUCAGCUGCAGCCCGACCCCUGACCCCAGCGACGUCCAAGUCGGGCAGCAGCACGCCCACGACGGUGGAGGUGGACGACGGGGACUCGAUCGCGGGAGACGAGGGUAGCGGAGACGACGGAAACGGUGGGACGACGACGAUGCUGAUGGGACAGCAGGAUGAGGAUGGAACCAGGAUGAGCGGCGUCACGUCGAGCAGGGGGAUGGCCGCGACCGCGGCGCCACCCCUCUCCGCCGCUGCCGCCGCGUCGGCUGUGACAACGGCCGUGACGACGCCGGCGGUGGUAAUGACGGUGACGAGGCAGAGGAACCCGUUUGAGAUGCUGGUGGUGGCCGCCACGGAGAGGAACCCGACGCAGUUCCAGUUGCCGUACGAGCUCACUUGCAGCACGCCCUUGCCUGGGACGAGUAAGAAGCGUCGAAAGGAGGAAGCGGGCGGGAAGCACGCACGGCGGUCGCCACACGAGCUGGACACCCACGGUCUGGUGCCUCUGCCGGCGCGACUCUGCUACCUGUGCAGCAGGAGCUGCCGGGUGGCUCCGCUAGUGCAGUGCGACUACUGCGCGCUGCUCUUCCACCAAGACUGCCUCGACCCGCCACUCACCUCGAUGCCCACGGGACGGUGGAUGUGUCCCAACCACCCCGAGAGCCGGCCGCUGAGCGGGGUGGCGUUGCCCCUGAGUGGGCGCUGCCAGCUCUUCUCGCGGUUUCAGGGCCCCGUGCAGCAGCACACGGUCUCCCUGGGUUUCCUGCGCCGCGUGCACCGCAAGCGCCCACCCAACCGCUCCCCCGCUUCCACCACCGCCACGACCGCCUCCACGCUCGCCCGCAAGGCCCUCAAGGUUCCGGCUGCCAUCAAGGCUCAUUACGAGCAUCGCCCUCCGCUGGGGCCGCCCGCGGGCGUGCGGCAGUGCCAGCUCGUGUGCACGGAGCCGGAGCCGCCCAGCGCCGGGCCUCGCCUCGCGGCUGACCGCGAGCAGGAGGAGUGGCUGCGGAACGUGCUGGCGCUGCAGUCAAGCAUAGCGCGGCACCUCGCCGUGAAGCAAGCGCCCUCAGCCGUACCCCGUUCGGCGUGCGGCCCGAGUGAGGGGUUGUCGAAGCUCGCGACCUCUGACCCGGCCCUCCCUCGCCUCCACGUGGCCGCCCCCCUUCGGAGCAGAGUGGCGCCGGCAACGUUGUCGUCGUCAACGUCAUCCUCAUCAUUGCCGCCUUCGGUCACGGACGUGAAACUCCCUCCACUUAUUUCUAGCGACAUGAAGGUGAAGGGAGAGGCAGAGCAGGGCCACAGUCCCUCGAGGUCCAAUGGACCUUCGCUGGGCAGCAAGGAUAGCGGUGGCGGCGGCGCUGGUUGUGACGUGGCCGAACUGGAUGCUAUGGACUCGUGUUGCGAGUCGUCGGAUUUGGCACAGCAUGGAGUCCUGGCCGGCCAAACGAAGGCAUGUGGCCUAGGGGAGGAGGGUGGCUGCGGUGUUGUGAAUCACCUUGCGCAUGCAGCGCAUGCGCCGCAAGCACGGUACGGUAGCGCGACGACAGUAGUGCUGGUGGGGGAGAAGGGUGACCGGCGCACUCUCCUACCCGACGGACCCAAGGUGGAACCGGGAGCCCCAGGAGGGACUGGGCCACUUGGGGACCCGACGGGGAGUGGCGAUGCAGCCACGACAGCGCUGACGGCGACAGCGGCCGCCCUUUGCCACCUCAACGCGUCGCUGUUGGCACUUAUGGACGGCAAGACAGGACCCCACUUGCCGGACCUGGAUGAGCGGCUGGUGAGGGUGCUUGCCUGGCAGAGGAUACAGCAGAUUCUGAGCGGUCGCCCCACGCCGCCUGUCAUGACCACCGCCGCCGUUGCUACCGCCACUGUCCCCGCCAUCCCCCGGGCGUCGGACGAUCUCAAGCCCGCGCCGAGCCUCCUAUUCAAGACCCCGGCACUACCCGCGCCAACUGCGAGGAUUGCCGCCCCGGAAGCAGAAGCUGCAGGACCGGCGUUGACGGAGGUGCGAGCACGCGCAGUGCUGAGCUCCGUGGACGGGCGAGGGGAGCCGGUUCGAAUGCGCUACAGGGCCCUGUACAUCGGCACAGGUGCCGACAUGGAUCUCUGCCUGACCAAGUUUGGCCACUGCAAUUACGUUUCCGGAAAGCACGCCUGCAUCUUUUUCGAUGAGAGCACGAGCCAGUAUGAGCUGCUCAACUACAGCGAGCACGGCACGCGUGUGGACGGGGCGCUCUACGGCUGCUCGCUGAUGGAGCCGCGCGGGCCCCCCACGCUGCCCCCCAGCCCGCUCGUGGCGCGAGUUCGCAGCAUCAUCCGCAACAACAAGAAGCCAACAUCCGAGAUCCGCACGAGUGAGGCCGCCGACCUGGGCGUCAUGAGCGCCGACGACUUGCGUCCUUCUGCCGCCAAUCCUUGUGGCUGCUCUCCCCGGCUCUCGCAUCCUCACCCCUGCGGCGGUGGCGACGGCGUCGUCCAACGCUGCCCAUCGAGCGCCGGCCGUCCGGCACUCGCCGGCUGGGAGGGGACAGCGCUGCUGAGGCACGGAAGUGACGUGCAGCUGGGCUGCCUGCGCUUCGUGUUCAGCGUGGCCGCGUUCGCUCCUCUUGUCGCCUCCGAGUCGACCGCGCGGAUUGACGCGCGGUCGACUGACGGCACGGCCGCCGUGACGACAGCGACCGGCGGCGCAGCGCAGUGUGGAAGUGCGGGUGCGCAGCACAGGACGCUUGGCGGCGGCUUGGACAAGCAGCCGUCCGUGUCGAGGUCCUUCUCUGUUCCCUGAGCGCGCAAGUUCCCCCCCCCCCAUUACAUUUUUUAUUUUGUUUUGGUGGCGUUUUGUAUUGAAUCGUGAUGUCGUUUGUGUGAUCGACCGAGCGACGCGCUGGGCCACUGUGCAGGCGCGCAGGAGAGGAGGAGGGCACUUUCGCACGUCCCGUGCCGAGGAUUUAUAGAAAGGAGAGGGGACGGCGCUGCGGACGUCAGAACCACCUGGCUGCGUACGAGUAGCACGCGCGCGCACGCACACACGUAUAUAUAGGCACAUACGUUAGUAAAGUUGUUUGUACGCCUUUGUACCGUUAUUAUUGUCUUCAGUAAUAUUGUAAUAAUGAUAAUACGACUUUUUACAUUUCUAGUAUCGUCGACGAGCCUGUAUGUUAUUAGCGCCGAGUAGGCAGAAGAUACCAGCUAAUGUAUUUUUGUCUUUCCUGUGCUGUGCAUUGAUGAUUGUAUUUGAGUUUUGUGAUGAAACAUUUUUUUUAUAUAUCAACUGUACUUUUGCCUUCCGGGGAGGGGGAAGUUGAGUACAAAAACUUUCACUGCCGUCUGACCCCCACCUUUGACCUCCCUCUUCACCCUUGACUUCUCUCUUCACCCUUGACCUCUUCCCCCCGUCCCACUCUCAGCCUCCCGUCGCAGGAAGCUGUUUCUUUAUGACAACAAUAACAAAGCACGCACCCGCGCUAUUAUUUACGCGUCCUGAGUUUCGUUUUUAUAAUGUAUUAAAGACAUUUAUUUUUAUUUUAUUUUAAUACUUGAUGAAGCUGCCGUCUGGGUGCUAGCAUUGUCACUGGGGUUGCUGGCGUGCUCGUGUGUGUGUGUGUGCGCACUCGGUAUCAUCUCGCAAAAGCCGAGGGAUCCUUCGGAUGAGAACGAGUGCUCCGUGUCGGAUGAGAUGAGGGUUGUAUUUGAGAUGAGAUACGGGUUGGAUGCUAUGAGGGUCAACCGAAUGAGACGAGGGAUGUGUCAAGACAGCUUUUUCUUUUAUCAGACAGUGUUCUGUAUCAGAUGCAAUGAGAGAGUUUUUAUUGCAUGACACGUGUCCAGUCCAACUUCACAUGCCUGUCUUGCUGGGGACUGAGAUGUAGAUGGAUAGGCCGGAUUUGUAGAAAUCUUUACAAAAUGACAGGCACAAAAUACUGCACUGGGUGUGUGCGGUUAGUUGGUCAGGGUGUAUAUGUGACAGAUGUGGAUGUACUGUAGUAUGUUGGAGGUGAGAGUUGUGUAUUGGAUGAGAUGAGGUUUAUGUACGAGAUUAUUCUGUAUUGAAUUGGAUCCGGUUUCUCGAUGAGAUGAGGGUAAUGUAUUGGAUUAGAUGAGGUGUAUGCAUCCGAUGAGACGAGUUUCGUAUCAGACGAGAGAGGGUGGACAUAACAUUGACAAACUUCUAAGAAUUCAAACGACGACUCGUGCACGGUUCGUUCAUUGAGAAUCGGAGGUGGGAUUGGUGGAUCAUGCAGUGAUUGGAAUAGUGAACCGGCUCCAGAGAUGAGAUACCCUUCUAAAUGAGCAAUGAGGUGGUGUUUGCAUGAGAUAGUACAGCAAGUAGGUUUACAAUAAUCUACUGAGUGCUUGAGUUUUUGUCGCACUUUAGGAUUCUUGUCACAAAUAAAACUGGGGUGGUGCAGUGCGUUUAGGGCUAACAUCAGUGGCGAGUAAUAUCUGAACCGGUCCAAGGCCCCCCCCCCCCACCAAUCCACACUGGCCAGCGUGGGGAAGUAAGACCAAAUAAUCAUGACCUAGUGAUCGUGGGUAGGCCUUCAUCCAAUAGUGGAUUGACAUAGGAGUGGAACGUAUUUAUUUUACGGUCUAAAAUGCAACUAUUACCAGUCAUUUGAAAACAACUAUGGCAAACAUCCCAAGCAAGAGUUCUGAAUUGGCCUUGACGACUGACGUGGUUAAUUCAAUAUCUCGCAUCACGGUAACACCGUCAGUGGUGUAGCUGUCGAGUGUGCAGGCGAUACAAUUGCAACGAGGUCCAGGCACCCGGGCUAUGAAGAGGGGAAUAAUUGGACAAGGGACCCCAUUUUAAUCUUUACACCAGGCCCAAAGCUGCUCAUUUAUUGCAAUGUGCAUAUUUUAAUAAUAGCAAUUGCAUCUCUGCAAGGAUGCCUCAACUGACGGUCAAGUUUUUUCUAGAGAUGCAUGUUUUGUCGGAUGUUGUGCCACGGGAGGUCGUAGAUUCUAUCUGACCCUGACGCCUGUAUAUUUGGAGUUUGCAGGUCUCCUCGUGGUCGCGUGGAUUUUUCUCCGGGUCCUCUGGGUGUUCCCUCCACAUUUAGAAACAUGCAUUUAGAAUAUUUAGCUGCUAUACAUUUCCAACAUGAUGACCCACUUCGUUGAGGUCAUGUCUCUUCCCGAAAAAAGAGCUAUAUGGCUCGGUGGGCCUUACCUGAUAAGAUAAAUAUAGUUUAGUUUUCUUUGUCCGCGCUUGGGAAGACACCAGAUUGGGGAUAACGAGGCACUCAAUUGCAGCUAUUCGAAUAGGUCAACCCACUUGCUGUACUGCCUUCUGCUGGUACCCCAGUGGCCCACCCCAACAGUUGGGUUGUCUCGCGCACACGAUCUGCCAACCGCGUGGCCAGGAUCGGUUUACAAGAUCAUGAAAGAGAUGUGCACGGUCUGGCUCCUUUUCAUGGAACUCACUUUUUUUAAACGCUCACAAUCUCUUUCCAUAUCGUUUCGGUGAGGUUUUUGUUAAAGCGUCGCGUUUCUGGUUGCGUACGACCGAUUAUUUACCUGCACGCGUGUCCUCGAAAUAACGUUGGCGCUUGCAUCCUGCCGUUGCGCGCGUAAUGGAGUUUUGAGGAGGGGGUUGGGGGGGUGGGAAUGAAUAUCGCAAUUGUUAAACAAAAAUGAAGAGCAUACAAAGCAAUUCUGUCUUUGUUAUCCACAUCUCCGUGCGGCGCAGAAACAUCGCGCGCCGGUGUGAUCCCGGUUCAAAUAACGCGCCGUGCGGUAACUCCUGCAGUUUUGACUUGCGAUUUGCGGUGGUUUAAGUGGUGUUUUGACCUCGCUUUAAUAUUUUCUUUUUAUGUUUUUGUAUAACGUGAAAAGCAAUAUAAAUAACACAGGCUUGUAAAAUAGAUACAUUUUUUGUCGCCGUGGAAACAAUCGGGAUUCGUUUAAGAAAACCGAUACUUACUAUCCCGGUAUUUCGUGGACACUUUGCGAAUACCCCCCAACUCCACCCACUUUUACCACCCGCAAAGGUGACAUUCUCUGAGCUCGGCCAACAUCAAUCCUCGGUUAUGGCGUUCAAUCAGCCCCAUCAUUCCUCCGAUGUCUGUAAAAUAAGUAACAUUUUAUGGGAAGUCGGCAUCGAUUGUGUUGUAGAGCAAUUGACCCACCCCCUCCACCUCAUAGAGUUUGCACAACUGAUUCUGGGCCACCAGUGGGGAAGGAAUGCCGACUCGGAGAUUAUUUUCACAUGCAGGCACUUUUUGGUGGACAUUUGACAGUGGGGAAUAAACACUUAAUCACCCCAGUUGAUACUUUUGGUCGCACACGCUUUUUCCAGCUUUUAAUUGGUGCAGGGAAAUGGCUACAUUUCCGUUAUGCUCCCGAUUUCCUGUGUUCCCACCUGAACAAUGCUCUCUGCUAACACAUCACUCAAACUCCGUUUAGUGUUUUUUAUAUGCAACCAGAUGCGGAUAUGAACAUCGCCCGUCAGCUCGCGCUGCCAGAUGACAGUGUUAACCUGUGACAUUGUUUUACGUUACUAAGCCACCUGUAGUCACCGCGUACUUGAGACUGAAGCCUCCUCACCCCCAGUAGCAGAACGCACGCACAGCAGCCGCAGCUCAAGAGACAAUGCAAAAGGGACGAUGGGGGGAGCUGUGAGUGGAGGGCCUCCCAAACUCCAGCCCUCGCCGGUCUGGUCCCAACCACAGUCCGGCUUUCCGUGUUUACAAUUAUUCGCCGUUGGCGGUGCAAAAUUAGUUUCCGUGAAUAUGGAAAGUAAACGGGAGCGGUGCGGGUCGUCGUGGGUUGGAGUUUGAGACGCCCUAUUUUUCGGGCCAAAGACCUCGCAGCUCCUUUACACUUUCGUGUGUCAUUUCAUUUCUGUCUUGUGGCCACGUGGUGAAUUAAUGGACCCAAAGGGUCUGGCAUAUGAGAUUGUCUUCUCUUACUUUGUUUAAUGUUAUAUUAUUAUUUUUUAAAUAAUAGUGAUGAUAAUUACUACGUUGUCGUGGUUGCACCAUUUUAUACGUAUUAUGUGCUCUUGUUGUUUGUGUGGUUUUUUUGUUGUUAAAGCUAUUGCUAUUAUUAAGGGUUUUUUAAAACGAUGGUCGUGGAAAGACUCCCAGCAGAAGCGUCGCGUCGUGCAGUGGUUGUCCAGUGUCGCUCGCGUGUGUGUGCGCGCCUUGCCGUGUGCACUACUGGCGUAUGUGUUGUACAUAUGUACAUGUGUACAUACAGGACGUGUUUUGUACACGUACAAUCAUAUGUGGCGUGUGGAUUGUAGUAUAUGACCACAUUCGUUGUUAUUAUGAUCAUAAGCAUCAGGGCUUAAUUUCUCAUGGCCCCCAAACCCCCCCCCCCCCCCGGAGAC